GGAUUCCUGGCGGAGCCCGCCGGCCCCGAGCCCGAGGCCUCAAUCGGUUCCGAGGAUUCCGAGUUUGAUCUCCGGAGCGGGAGCGACGACGAACAGGGGCUAGUGCUUAUCGAGGUCGACGGCCUGAUUGCGGCCGGGCGCAAGAGCUCCAUUCCGAACUUCCGGGAGCGCCUCAUGUCGAGGUUCCAUUUUGGGAAGUGGAAGGAAACUGGGGCGGACUACGGGGGGCGACACUUCCGCCAGCACGCGGACCGGAUUUCGGUCGACCAAGAAAAGUACAUCCGUGAACAACUAUCGUGUUUGCACCUCGACAAGUCGAGGCGAGAGUCCCCCGAAGAACCCCUCUCCCCCUCUGAAGUGAGUUCCUAUAGAGCGGCGACUGCGCAAGUCCAGUGGGUCGCGAGAGAAUCGCGCCCCGACGUCGCCGGAGGGGCAUCUAUGCUCGCUUCGGCCAUGCCUAAUCCUACCGUGGCCGACGGGCUUAUGCUGAUCAAGAUCUGUCGUUACCUCAAGGCUACGGCGGCGCAGCGGCUGACGAUUUGGGCGUUGGAUCCCCACUCACUCGCGUUUGCGACUGCGUCCGACGCGGGGGGGCCCGGGGGCGCCAGGCGAGGAGGAGCUCAGGGAGCGUGGCUUGUCCUCGUCGCCGAUGCCGGGAUCCGGAAGAACGUUCGAGCCAAGGUUAGCCUACUUUCCUGGCACUCCCAGCGUUUGAAGCGAGUAGUUGCCUCGACCGUGGCGGCCGAGACCUUGUCUCUCAGCAGUGCUGUUUCGGAGGCCCAAUGGCUCCAGGUGCUGUGGCGCGACGCCGUCUAUGGCGACGUGCCGCGCCCUGACUGGCACGCCGUGGCCUCACCGUUUGCCGUGGUAAUGUCUCAGGAAUGCUCUCUGGGAGAGAAGGCCAGUGCCCUUUCAGUAGUUGACGCCAAGAGUGUGUUCGACACUUUGUCUCGGAACACGGCGGGAUCCAGGGCGGACCGGCGGAACUCCGUGGAGCUGGCGGUUGUUCGCGACAGUCUGUCCGCGGUUGGGUCGCCCAUCAGAUGGCUUCCGCACGGACGGAUGCCGGCUGACCCCCUCACCCACGCUGACCCCGCAAAGGGGAACCUUGCUUUCCACGACCUCCUGUGUCGUGGCACUUUGUGCCUCGUGGACGAGUCCGGGCAUAUCAAUGAGCGUUCAUUGAACACCGCCCUCAAGUCUCGCUCGCGAGGUGCCUCGAGGAGGGCCCUUACCGUAGAGGCCCAGCGUCGAGAUGAGGGGAGUGAGUGGGGCUCCUCCCCUGGACUGGAGACUAAGGAGGAGGAGGAGGAGGAGGACUCAGGUGGUGGAGGUGAUGAGGUUGCGAGGAAGAGAGGAGGAGGUGAGAGCACUAGGAGAAGCGGAGGAAGAGCGGCGGCGCCGAAGCAGAGGAGCCAGCAUUCCGACCCGCCCGAGGAUGAGGAGAAAGAGGAGAAAAAGAAAGAGGAAGGGGGCAUCGCGGGGGAACCCGUCUUCCUGCAGUUCGAUCAGGCCGGAGGGGUCGCGGUGACCUUCCGGGGGUAG